AUGGUGGGCAGGACAGAACCCUCGCUCGCGCUCGUCCCGCCGUCGCAGCCGACGCACUCGCACGUCUCGCUCGCGACGAGCGCAACGUCGCAAGGGCUGCACGACACGCUCGCACACGGACUGAGGAGCGUCGCAGUCGACGUAGCAGAGAAGCACCCGCUCGAGAACCGCCUCAAGAGCUGGGAUGCGACGAGGGAGACGCUGCAGAUGACACUCGAACGCAACAUGUACGGCCUGCACGCUCCCGUCCGGCUACAGAUGGAACGCCAGCUCGUCUCGUCCGCACCGACACCGCUGAGUCUCGGGCUGCCAGGGAUGGGAUUCACCAAGCCCGGCGGGAACGUGCAUCUCGACGUCCUCAUGGGUCGCGACGAGGAGAUCACGCCCGAAGACGUCCUCAUCGACCGCGCCCAAUCAUCCUCUACCGCCGUAACCGGCAACUUCCACCAGAUGAUGGAGCGGCGGAUGAACCUCGUCUGA